GUUCAAUUUCCCUUUUUUGACGGCAUUCUGAAAUCCCCGACAGCGUUUUGACUCGAGCUAAUUUUCUGCGCCGUUUCUAAAACCUUUAGGCCGCAGACCUUAAUCCAGAAGCUCUCGCUCCCACAGAAACUCUCGCUGUGAUAGCUUCCAUUUCUGUUCUCGUCGACUACAACAGCUUCGACUACCCACCGACUAGCCGAUACUCCGCUUCCCAUAUCACCUCCAAAAUACCGACAAGUAACCAUGCCUGCGGCCGUCGCAGGAGGAGCGCCCGGAGUAAUUGAGCCAGUAAAUGAAGUGUUCAAAUCCGCCAUUCAUGCCGAAACGGUCCGGAAGGAGAUGCAAAGGUAUAGCGUCUAUGAGAGCUUCUUGUUGACGCCGACUGUUGAGAAAGGACUCGUGGUAGCGGAGAAGCCCAAUCGAAUCAACAUUCAGGAUAUCGAGAAGGAUGUGGCGAACAAGCCUUUGGACCUCUCCAACAUGCGCCAAUCCAGCAACGCUCCCCGCCCACCACUCCCAGUAACAACCAGCCAGAACUACGGAUGGAACACAACCGCGCUUCUCCGCAACACCGACCGCCGGUUCUACCACCCGAAAGUGGAGACGGAGAUCACGAAGAUGUAUGGUGCGGCGAUUUCUAGCACGGCUAGGAAGGACAAGAAGAGCGAGGCCAAAUAGAGGGGAUGGGACUUGUCGGAUAGGGAGCGUAGGUAGCUUGGGAUAGAGUAUGUAGAAUCUGCGGAUUCCAGUCUUGUGGAAAGAGUUUGGGAAUACGUAGGGCAAGAUACCAAGAAAGUUUGGGAAGUAUCUUCAUUUCUGAGGGGUCCCUCAUAGUUUCAAACAGAGGGAUGCCGUGGGACCCUCAUAGCCCCGAUCAGAAAGGGAUGCCAUGCGCUUGUGCGAUGUGAAAGACGUUCCCUCUUCUGGAAAGGUCACACUUUCGACGGAGGCGACGAAGUAUGGAGAGAUGUGUGCAGCGUUGAUAUUGCGUCGUUUC